AUGCCCACCGACAGGCCCCGGGGGACCUCGCCGGCACCAGGACCCCCCCGGGAUGAUGCCCCCGGGCCUUGCGCCUCGUGCCUCGGGCUCGGCCGCCCGCCUCGCGCGCCCCCCCUUCAACCACCCACUCCGUCCGCCGGAGCGGCCAACUCCCCCGCCCGCGCCAACUGGCACCCCAUGCCCCCCUUCCCCAUCCCCCUCUGUGGGGCCCGAAGCCCCGCCGGCGGCCCCCUCACCCCGGGGCUGAGGGACUGA